GCACUGACUGACACGACGGCGCGCGUGUGAACAGCUUGAAUGUCCGCCUGCCCGCGACGGGCUGCACGCCGCGCAGCCCGCCAGGCAGCCCGCCGGGUUGCGCGGCGCGCGUGUGAACGUAGCAUAAGAUUGGCCGAUUGCGAUAAAAACCAUAGAAAGAAGAAUAAUAACCAUAACCUCAAAGUCGAAGUUUUAGUUCAAAUGUCAUUUAGUUGUUCAAAUGUCAUUGUCAUUUACUUUGUUUGGAUUACACACAUCAUGCCGAAAAUCCCGAAUCUCCGUGCAUUUGGUAAACAUUGUCACAAUUGUGGAAAGUGGAUGGAGCGAAGGGCUCUUCGUAAAGAUGGUGUGUAGUAUUUUAGUAGUGACAUGCAAUUUUUGUAAUGGCAAAAUAUUUGCAAGAGAUGGCAAACAAAAGCAAAUGUGCAGUCGAUGUGUGGAAUGCGACAACAUUAUACUCGAUAAUUUCAAUUAUUGCGAGUGCUGUGGCUGUAAAAUGAAAAAUAAUACUUAUUACCAGAUAGAGAUGUCGAUAACGAAGAGUUGAAUGUUAGAACUUAUAAAAAUAUUAUUUACAACUCAUUUCGAGAAGCUGCUCAAGCAAGAGGGCUCCUUUUUGACGAUCAAGAAUGGGAA